GAGGGGCGGAUCGAUUAUCGAUAGUUUUGGGCAGAGGUUCAGGACACGUUUUACUGUUAACCCUGUUUCACGACUUCUGUUCUGAAAAGGACCGACCUUUUGAUUUAAGAAAUGCCGGGCGCGGAUGAGGUCAAGUCGAGCUGGGCGGACGAGGUUGAGGAGAACGUCGAGGACAUCCCUCGGACGAGCGAGGUGGUCGAAAACGGUCUCAAAAUCGUCACAGAGUACAAAAAGAACGAAGAGAACAAAAAGAUUAAAAUAGUAAGUACUUACAAGCGUGAGAGUCGUAUGGUAUCGAAGUCAAUCGCAAAGAGAAAGACUUGGAAGAAGUUUGGAGCGUCAGCCGACGACAAGCCCGGACCCAAUCCAGCAACUACAAUAGCGACUGAGGAGAUAUUCAUGCAAUUCAUUACGAGUAGGGAAGAGGAUAAAACAGAUGAUGAUGCGCUCGAGAAGCUCAGAACGAUGGUGGAUAAGACAGUGAAGUGUCGUAUGUGCAAUGGAGACCAUUGGACACUCCAGUGCCCUUUCAGGGACACGAAUUACAUGCCUGCAAAGGCCGUAACACCGACUGUGAACGUCGAGAAGAAGCUUACGACUCAGGUGGACGACAAGAGCAAGAACAAGUAUGUUCCACCAGGGCUGAGAGAUGGAGCUGGGAACAAGAGAGGCGAGUCGAUGGGCCACCUACGACACCGAGACGACGCUAGUGCCAUUCGUAUAUCAAAUCUGUCAGAGUCGACGCAAGAGGUCGACCUCGAAGAGCUGGUCAAGCCGUUUGGUGACUACAACAAGAUCUUCCUUGCCAAGGACAAGACGACCGGGCUGUGCAAAGGCUUUGCGUACAUACACUUCAGGAGCAGGCAGGCUGCAGCGAACGCCAUCAACACACUCAAUGGGCACGGAUACGAUCACCUCAUCCUCGGCGCGGACUGGUCCAAACCCCAAGCCCAUCACCAAUAGUUUCAUUACAACUAACAUUAAAAUACUUCAAUUUAAAAUCCCGUAUCAAUUUUUCUUUAAGAAAUGGUUUAUUGAUGAAAAAAUGUUAUUGUCCUUAAGAA